UUGUUGUUUUUGUCUAUACAAUUAGACAAAACAAAAUUGUAACAAUGUUAUUAACGUGAUGUGUUAAGUGUGAAAAAAUCAUGACGUCAUUGUAUGCAAAAAAUGACGUAACAAAUAUGACGUUAUAUUUUAAAAUAUAAAAAAAAAGUGUUCAAAAAAAAAAAAAAAAUUAAAUUUCUAGAAUAUAUUUUUGUAAAUCUAUUUUAUUAUUAAAAUAAAUAAUAAUGUCAAAUUUAAAACCUGCAACAACUAUUGAAUUGACGCACAUGUCCGCUGGUGAGGAUGCACAAGAUGGAGCACAACAAUCCUGUGAUACUGGACAACCACGAGUUUUAAAAGAUGAUGAUGCAACGACAGCGACAACAGAUCGGCGUGCAAAUACAGAAACACGUAUUAUACGUUUAAGAGGUCCACAAUUAUUACAAAAAUUUUGUUCGAAUGCAAUAUCUACGGGGAAAUAUAGUAUAUUAAGUUUUGUACCAGCAUUUUUAUUUGAACAAUUUCGUAAAUAUUCAAAUUGUUUCUUUUUAUUUAUUGCAUUAUUACAACAAAUACCUGAUGUAUCACCGACUGGUCGUUAUACAACAUUAGUACCAUUAUUAUUUAUUUUAACUGUAUCAGCAUUAAAAGAAAUUUUAGAAGAUUAUAAAAGGCAUAGAGCAGACGACGAAUUAAAUAAUCGCGAAGUAGAUGUUUUAUCAGAAAAUGGCUGGACCAAAGUGAAAUGGAUGAAUGUUAAAGUAGGUGACAUCGUUAAAGUUGUGAACAACAGUUUUUUUCCAGCUGAUUUAAUUGUUUUAUCAUCAAGUGAACCAUUCGGAAUGUGCUUCAUAGAAACAGCCAAUUUAGAUGGUGAAACAAAUUUAAAAAUACGACAAGCAAUACAACAAACGGCUACUUUGAUUGAUACACGUGAUGUUUUGUUAUUGGAUGGUACAAUUGAAUGUGAAGGACCAAAUCGAAAUGUUUAUGAUUUUGCUGGUGUUUUAAUAUCCGAUCAAUUUAAUGCAAAUCUUCCACUUGGUCCAGAUCAAUUAUUACAACGUGGUGCAAUGUUACGUAAUACAUCAUGGGUGUUUGCAGCUGUUAUAUAUACAGGAAAUGAUACAAAAUUAAUACGAAAUUCAACAAAAGCACCAUUAAAACGUUCAACGGUAGAUCGUCUUACAAAUACACAAGUUAUUAUGUUGUUUGGUAUUUUAUUAUUGUUAGCAUUUAUUAGCGCUGGAUGUAAUGAAAUAUGGUCUAGAACACAUAAUAAUAGAGAUUGGUAUAUUGGUUUAGACGAAAUAGUAACAAGAAAUUUUGGAUAUAAUCUUUUAACAUUCUUAAUUUUAUAUAAUAAUUUAGUACCAAUAUCGUUACAAGUAACAUUGGAAAUUGUACGAUUUAUACAAGCUAUUUUUAUAAACAUGGAUUUACAAAUGUAUCACGAGGAGACUGAUACACCAGCUAUGGCACGUACUUCAAAUUUAAAUGAGGAAUUAGGACAAGUUAAAUAUAUAUUCAGUGAUAAAACUGGAACAUUAACACAAAAUAUUAUGGUUUUUAAAAAAUGUGCUAUUGGCGGCGUACAAUACGAGCUAGCAAAUACAGCGGACUCAUCUGAUUUAAUACGAAAUUUAAAAAUGAAUCAUAAAGAUUCGGAUUUAAUCGAGAAAUUUUUAACAUUAUUAUCAAUAUGUCAUACAGUUAUACCAGAAGUGGUCGAGGGUAAAUUAGUAUAUCAUGCCGCGUCACCAGAUGAACGAGCCCUUGUUGAAGGUGCCAAACGGUUUGGCUAUGUAUUCGAAUCUCGAACACCGAAUUCUGUAACUAUAAAUGCACUUGGCCAACAACGAAUUUAUAAAAUUUUAUCAGUGUUAGAAUUUAGUUCCACUCGAAAACGUAUGUCAGUGGUUGUGGAAACGCCAGAAGGGAAAUUAGUUUUACUGUGUAAAGGUGCGGAUACAAUGAUUUAUGAACGGCUAGGUGAAAGUAAUAGCCAACAAAAAGAUGAGUUACUAUUAAUAUUAGAAGAGUUUGCCACCGAAGGUUUACGAACGCUGUGUUUAGCAUAUGCAAAUAUUACACGUGAAUUUUACGAUGAGUGGAAAGUUAAACAUCAUUUAGCUGCGACAUCAAUUGAAAAUCGUGAAGCAAAUUUAGAAUCUGUUGCAGAACUAAUUGAAACAAAUUUAAAUUUAAUUGGUGCCACUGCUAUUGAAGAUAAAUUACAAGAUGGUGUGCCAGAAACAAUUGCCACACUUUUAGAAGCUAAUAUUAAAAUUUGGGUUUUGACUGGUGAUAAACAAGAAACUGCUAUCAAUAUUGGUUAUGCAUCGAAAUUAAUUGUUCAAGGAAUGCCAAUAUUAAUAGUAAAUGAAGAUAGUUUAGAUGCAACGCGUGAAACAAUCCAACGACACGCGCAUGAUUUAGGUACACGCCUGGGUACGGAAAAUGAAAUAGCCUUGGUGAUUGAUGGCAACACCUUACGUUACGCAUUAAGUUGUGAAUUGUGUCGUGAAUUUUUAGAAGUAUGUUUAUCGUGUAAAGUGAUAAUAUGUUGUCGUGUAUCACCAAUACAAAAAGCCGAAGUCGUUGAUCUCGUCACAACAAAUACCGGUAGUGUUACAUUAGCUAUUGGUGAUGGUGCCAAUGACGUUGCAAUGAUACAAAAAGCGAAUGUGGGUGUGGGUAUAUCAGGGUUUGAAGGAUUACAAGCUGCGUGUGCCUCCGAUUAUAGUAUUGCACAAUUUCGUUUCUUAUUACGUUUAUUAUUAGUACACGGUGCAUGGAACUAUUCGCGUAUGUGUAAAUUAAUUUUAUACAGUUUUUAUAAAAAUAUAUGCUUGUAUGUGAUUGAAUUAUGGUUCGCUGUAUAUUCAGCGUGGUCGGGUCAAGUGUUGUUUGAACAAUGGACAAUUGGAUUUUAUAAUGUGUUGUUUACGGCACUGCCACCGUUCGCGCUAGGUAUUUUUGAUAGACAGUGUUCGGAUGAAGUAAUGAUGAAAUAUCCCAAAUUAUAUUCACAUUCACAAAAUGCAACGCAGUUUAAUGUGCGCGUAUUUUGGAUUUGGAUUACGAAUGGAAUAUUACAUUCGAUAUUACUAUUUUGGUUACCAUUGUUUGCAAUUGAUAAUGGAAUUAUAUGGAAUUCUGGACGUGAUGGUGGAUAUUUAGUGUUGGGUAACACAGUUUACACGUACGUGGUAAUAGCUGUUUGUUUCAAAGCCGGCCUUGUAACAAGUACAUGGACCUUACCAAGUCACAUAGCCAUUUGGGGUUCAAUCGGAAUGUGGUUCUUAUUUAUGUUUAUAUAUAGUAACGUUUGGCCAAUUAUACCAGUUGGAGCUAUUAUGUUGGGUCAAGCUCGUAUGGUACUCUCAUCACCAGUGUUUUGGUUUGGAAUUUUUAUCAUACCAUUCCUAACAUUAUUACCUGAUAUUAUGCAUAAAGUGAUACAAAUAUCAUUCUUUAAAUCUGAAACUGAUAUUCGAAGAGAAGGAGAAGCUUUGGGAUAUCACAAGGAUUCAAAACCAUCACUUACAGAAACAGCUCGGCUACUUAAGAAUGUCAAAAGUGUUUUUAUGCGUCGAUCAACUACACGUAUUAAUCUAGAAAUGGAAUUAUCGCAUGGAUUUGCAUUUUCUCAAGAAGAAGGUGCGUCAGUAUCUCAAACCGAUGUAAUUCGUGCAUAUGACACGAAUGUACCGAAACCUGAAGGAAUGUAGGGUAAAUUUUAAUAGUACUUAUUUAAAUAUACAAAACCCCGAUUGAAAAGAAUCGCUUAUAAUGAAAAUAUUGAAUGUUUCAAUAUUGUCAGCAAAAUUAAAAAAGGUUUAUAAAAUGGUCAACACCUCAAAUUUAUUAAGUCUCCUAAAAUCGAUUAUUAUUUUUCGAUGACAUGAAUAUUUGUUGUGCCUUUUUUUAUCUAUCAAUUAAUAAAAAGUAAUCAAGUACGACGUUAACAAGAAAACCAAUGAUUUUAAGCUUUUGUUUUUUACAAAGAUGAGGUGUUAUUUGAAGUGAUGGAAAGUUUCUUAAUGACGGCGAGCAAGGCCGCAAAUUAAAUAAAAAGUGUGAUAUUUGAUCCCUCACUCUAUUUUUGAAUAUCAUUUUUAACGAUAUUCGUCUUUAAUUAUAAUAAAAUUUUAACGCUAUUAAAAUACGGUCAUUUAAGUGUGUAAUUAAUUGAAGCCUAGAAUAAUUUUUAUGAAUUUUCCAUAUUCAUACAUACGUAACAAUUUUUGAAAGCAUAAUUAAAGACCAA